UUUCUUCCAUGUGGCGCCAAUAACUCUCCUUCACAUUACGAGUAUCAAUAGUUGGCAGCUGUGAGGUGCGCGUGCAUCGCCUUCGCUCGUCUCUAGAAGCUACUGAUACAUCCCGUUACAAGUUUACUGAAAUGACCACUCAAAGACGUAAAGCUUCUGUUAAGGACCUGACUCCCGAGGAUCCCGAGGCAACAGUUCGACGAUCAUCUCGGAGCGUCCUGACACCGAAACGUCUCCAGUACUCUCCAGACACGACAAACGGAACUACCGUAAAGAAGCGGAAAACAAAAGUCUACAAAGAAGAAAAUAGUCAGAUGAAAAGACCAAAGAAUGAGGAGGAUGUUGAAAAUGGUGACAUGGAACGUACAUCUGAUGACUGUGGAGGACUUUCUGCUUAUGAACUGGAGCGCCUGGAGAACAUCAGACAAAACCAAGCUUUCCUCUCCUCUAUUAACUUAUUCCAGGCAACUGUGGAGUUGAAGCAGUUGACACGACCAAAGCCUUCACAGAGGGGUCUGAGGCCACAGGCUGCUGUGAAGGAAGUGCUGCCAGCUCGCAAAUCCUUGCGCCUCCAAAAUAAAGCGGCAGAGGUAUUGACACUUCCUCCUGAACCCAGGGGGACAUUCGUCCAUGAAAGGUCAAAACCAGAAAAGAAGCCUGCUGGCCCUCUGCCCAUGGAUCCAAUCAACAUGGAAGAAGGCUCCAAGCUUCCUUCACAACUUCUUGAACUCUGCUCUGAGGACACAAAAGAACGAAAGAUGGAGCUUAACUUGAAGGACUACCGCUCUGCACUCAUGAGCAUGAGGAUAACGGAGGAACAAGUGGUUAAGGUGGUGAAAGAUCGCAUCUUCUCUGCAGCCUUCCACCCCUGCAGCAGCAGCCUGUUGAUGGCUGCAGGAGACAAGUGGGGAAAAGUGGGUCUCUGGAAUUUGGGUGGAGGUUGGGGCGAUGAUGGUGUUCUGCUCUUUGAGCCCCACACCCGUCCUGUUGUCUGCAUGGCGUUCUCCAGGGCUCAUCCCACCCAGCUGCUGAGCCUCAGCUAUGACGGAUCUCUGCGCUGUAUGGAUGUUGAGAAAUCUGCCUUUGACCAUGUUUAUGAUAUCGGCGAUGGCCUGAAAACGUUUGCUUUCAUGUCACAUGACUGCACAACACUAGUAGUUGGGAACUGGUAUGGGGAGGUCGCUAUCGUUGAUAGGAGAACCCCAGGAAACUCCCAUGAGUCUCUCCAUUCACUGGACCCCAAGACCCUGCGCUGUGUCAGCGUCCACCCUCUCCAGAUGCAGUACUUUGCAGUAGCAGAAAGCAGUGAGGUGAGUAUUUAUGACAGUCGAUGCCUGAAGAAAACCAAAAGUCAGGCAGUCUCUCAGCUGUAUGGCCACAAUUUAAGCAUAACCAGUGCUUAUUUCUCCCCGUGUACUGGAAACAAAGUUCUCACCUCCUGUAUGGACAACCACAUCAGGAUAUAUGACACUGCAGCGAUGAGUAGUGAACCUCCCUUGCUGGCAUCUAUCAGACAUGACAUGCGUACAGGCCGCUGGCUGUCGAAGCUAUCAGCAGUAUGGGACCCCAAACAGGAAGACUGCUUUGUUGUGGGUAGCACAAUGAAGCCUCGACGGCUGCAGGUGUUUCAUGAAAGUGGACAACCCCUGCACUCUUUUACAGAUGAUGAGAACCUUAACACAGUUCUGUCUGUCACUGCUUUCCACCCCACAAGGAAUGCCUUGCUGGGGGGCAAUGCAUCAGGACGCCUGCAUGUCUUCUCCAGUUAAAAUGAAGACCAAAGAGUUGGUGAGCCACAUCCCUGGUCAGAUUCAGCAAGACAAGACGAACUGUUGGUUUGGUCACAAUCAAGUUGUGCAACCCAGAAUGUGUAGAUGGCUUUUUCACUGUUGGACCGUAUUCCUUCAUGUUUCCUCAUCCUCUUUGUGUCUUUAUAGCUUUAAUACAUUAACUGUCCUGUAACAAGUAACGUUCUGAAAUAUUGAGGCGCUAAAGUAAGUUUUCAGAUAGAUCUUAACCUUAGUUGUAGUAUAAACUUUCAUGUUGUGUACUGUGGCCCUGUAUCAGUAGUGUCACAAUUUUGUUUAAUUUCAACAAAAUCGAUAUUGCUACAUUUAGUUAGUGUUAGGAAAUAGUUAAACUAAUAUUCAGCUGGAAUAACUUCAACUUGGUAAAUGCUGUAUCACAGCAUCAGGGAUUGAUGCAGUUUAAAUAAAAACAAAAUGGGGAUUUUCAUGUUUUGUACUUGAGGUGUAUUAAAUUAGUGUAUUCAGACUUUCAGUUUUUCCGUUUUUCCAAUUUUUUUUCGUUUUCCUUAGUCUGCACAAUCUCUGGUUCAGUCACUUUUCUUUCCCAUUUUGACUUGUUAUGCAGAGUUGCCAGCCCAUGACUUGAUUAAAUCUGUGUUAAUGGAAAUGCAAAUGGAAUACACUGUAUAACCAAGUUUUCUGUUAAUCAUUUUGGUGAUUCCUACAUACUUGCCUUACAGAAGUAAUGAGUAUAUGUAAGUAUAUGAAAAUGUUAUGAUCUAAAUAUCUUAUAGAAUUUAAGUAAUUUUGGUUUUCUCUGUAAAGCUUGUACCACAGUGAAAGAGCAGAAUGACCAUUUGUAAAAUGUGUUUAUCUUCUUUGAUAUUUUCUUUAAUAGUUGUGGCUACUUUAACAGAAUAAAUAUUUUUCUUGUUUUA